AUGAUGCAGUCCCGAACGAGCGACGCCAGUCGUCGAGCCCCCGGGGCGUCCUGCACGACCGGGACGAGUCCUCCUGCAGCUUCCCAACUGGACAAGAGACCUGAAGGUCUUCAGACGUGGACGUUUGCCCAGUUACUCGCCACUUCGGUCGCCAAUGUGUCGCUCGAAGACGAUGAAAGAGGAACGGCCGCGUCGGUCGCUUCGGGUGCGAAGAUACGCGAAGGCGCUGGGCGAGGCCACGAGGCCGUGGGAACCCGUGACUGGAACUGUUCCUACCGUUGUUUGCAGUCCGUGUCGCUCGCCGAUACUACAGGGCCAACGUCGACGAUGUCGGUGGGCGAAGGACAUUCUGCGGCUGACUGGGACUGUGGGGCGUCCAACCGAUCAGAGCCUGCAGCAUCACGACUGACGAUCUCCGCGUCGUCGUCGUCGAGCACGUUGCUACUGGACUCGGAGUUAGGUCACCUGAGGCACUCGAUGGACGAGCUGUUGGACCACGAGGAGACAGCACUGGACGACGGGACAAAAGCGAACGGGACAGCUCAAAGGACAGACUGGCGAGAGCCCACACGGCACGUGUUUGACAUUGUUCAAAUCAUCGGCUCGGGAUCGUAUGGCACAGUGCUCUUGUGUCGUCUCCGUGCGAGUCCUGACCGUCUGGUUGCGGUCAAAGUCGUCUACAAGUCGAAACUUGGCAGUGGCAACGGGCUCGAUGGGGACGGCGACCCGACGCAUGAGGCCAAGCGGUUGCUGACCGAGAAGAACGUGCUGUGCGCGAUGGACCAUCCGUUCAUUAUCAAGAUGUGGUGCUCCUUCGAGACGCCGGACGCACUCAACUUUGUGCUCGAGUACUGUCCUGGCGGCGACAUGUACUUCUUGCUGGAAAAGUGCCCCCACAACCGCCUUCCGGAAGACCACGUGCUGUUCUACGCGGCUUCGGUAGCCCUGGCCUUGCAUUACCUGCACGGGCGCGGUGUUCUGUAUCGGGACCUGAAGCCCGAGAACAUCUUGCUCGACGAAGCCGGGUUUGUACGUCUCGCUGACUUUGGCUUUGCCCGCGAGCACGUGCACCGAUCGGACCAGCACUGCACUAGUUUCUGCGGAUCGGCCGACUAUGUCGCGCCCGAGGUGAUACGCGGUGACGGCUAUGGCCUUGCGGCUGAUCUGUGGAGCUUUGGGUGCGUGGUGUAUGAAAUGCUGACGGGCUACCCGCCAUUCUACUCACCGCGCGAUCGUGCGUCACUCUUUCGCAAGAUCAAUGACGACGAGCCCAGCUUCUUGGAGCACUUUUCACCAGAGCUCUGCGACUUUCUGUCUGGGCUGCUGCACAAGAACGUGAACCUGCGUCUCGGUAGUGGUCCCAACGGCAUGCAAGACGUUUUCGACCACCCAUUCUUUGCACAUGUGAGCUGGGACCGUCUUGAAGCGAAACGUGUCAAGCCACCGAUCGUGCCAAAGUUGACGAGCAAGCUGGACACGUCUAACUUCGAAGACCAGUUCACUUUGCAGCAGGUGCAAGGCCACCUCGAGUAUAUCGAGCGAGGGCCGCACGACACGCAGACCCAGUGCUUCUUCGGAGAAUUUGACUGGUGUGCCGACGCGUCUCACUUCCAAUGA